CUAUUUCUGGCCGAAGCUUGCAUCAACCAACCUAUGAGUUCCUUGAGCGCCUAAGUAAAGUACGAAAGGCUAAAGUCUCACCCAGGUCUCACCUAAAGAGAGAGAGAACAAAAAAAAAGGUCUGGCCAUCUUUACCUGACCCGCCAGCCUUGUUUUCCAGCCUAACCGCCGGGGGAGCAUCGUCUCCUGCGGCCAAGAUGUCCACUCCCUACUGGGGCCAGCUACCGCCUCCUCAAGGUCGUCGCUUGUCAGAGAGCUCAGACCAGACAGACCGCAGACAAUCAUUGGACCAGUCUAGCUUGCCCCAACCACGUUAUAGCUCCAAUCGUGCCUCUAGGCAGACCAAUAUUACCGAUGCGCAUUCCGACUCAACCUUCUCUCCCCUAGCUUCACCGACUACAUCUAAUGCGCCUGGCAGCGGUCUAACUCCCCGUCCGCCAUCAUUGCCUUAUACACAGGACCAGCAGCCCCAGCAGAUAUCAGAUUUCCGCCGAAGACAGACGAUUCGAAAUCCAAGCGAGAAUACAUACGAAGUCGCAAACACCUCACCUCCACCCGCCGUCCCUGACGUCCCAAGAGGGCCUCCAAUUAAUUACGGAAAUAUAUAUGGAAACAGAGGCUCGCCGUAUGCUGGCAACCCUGCCGAUCAGCACAGUCUAUCCCGUUCAUUCCAUGGACUAGAAUCACAAACUAAUGCUGUCAACAUGGAGCCGGAAACUUUCUACAAGGAUGUUACCCCCCCUGCCGAGAGGCAAUCAAGACAACCUGCAUAUGAUCGGGCUUAUCAAAAUUUCAAUGAUGGCGUAGUAUCACCAGAACAUUUGGAAAGGGAAUUAGUUAGGUCGGGCUCUAUUCGGCGGCCGCCGAAUGGAUACCGUCCAGACAGACGAGAUCCUGCUUCGCCCAAGCGACGAGAAUCCUUAGGCCCAGAACCACAGCAGACAAUGUGGGCUGCUGACCGUUCGCCCCUACAAAAGUUGGAGCUGACGCUCGACAGCAUUACGAAAGAAGAGAAACGAGCUCGUGUGGAAGCUGCGGAGAGGCGUGCAAGGGAGCGGGCGGCACAGGUUAGCAAGUCUACAGCGGCCGUGGAGAAGAAUCAACCACUUCCUGAGCGCCAAGCUAGUCAACAAACGCAGGCUCGGAGCAAAGAUCUGUCGGUGGGCGGGGGGCGGAGUCGCCAUAGAGGCACGGCAGACUCAGCUCAGGCUAUGCCAGCCACAGAUAUUGCUUACGGUACAUUGUCCCAAAGCCCGCCAGAGGUAGUUCAGCAACAUGAAAUUCCGGGGCAGUCUCCAAGGUCACAAAUCCCAAUAUCCAAGAAUCGCAGUGUUUCUGCGGCGACUAAUGGCACACCUCAACGUAACUUGAGUUUCCGUGAAAGAGCGGCUACACAGGAGCGGGGUUUCCCACAAGAACCCAAUGAGGUCGUCAACUCAGUUGCACAGGUUGCAGCGCGUGGCGAAAAUGCUGCCCCUGUAAGAAGCGGCAGUAAUAAACUGAAGAAAAACCCGCCGGGCGAUCCUUGGUACACCGCUCGCAGGGAGGCGGAGGAAAGGUCUGCAGAGAGAUCCGCUACAUACAAUAGACUCAAUGCCACUGAUAGUAACAAUUAUGCAGGGGCCCAGUCUCCUAGUCACGAUACAAGCUAUGCAGCGGCGCGGUUGGCUGGGGGGAUGGCACAAGACAGAUCGUCUCCUAUAAACAAUCCGAGACCACCAGCUAGAGGUAAAACGUUUGGGGAAGACAGAGCUGCUGAAGAACCACCGAGUCGGAUAAAAGAACUAGCAGCAGCAAUCGGAUUUGGGCGAUCUAAUUCUAUGGAAGCAGAUCGGCAACCUUACUCAUCAACUUCGAAGAACAUGCCCAUCUUAAGCGGCCGAAACAUGCAGCAUAAUACAUUGGAUGGGCCUAUGAGCCAUCAGCAAGAGCCUGCUACUUCCGGCGAACUUAGUUCGGCGACUUCACUCAAUCAGAAUCGCCAUAACACUGCACUCGCUAAAGCAUUUCAAGGCACUCAGCCCGGUGACAGAGGAACUAAAUCCGUCAAAUUUCAGGAUGGCGGACAAGAACCCGGGGUAAGCAAUGACCAUCUGUCAGACGCUACUCAUUCGCGGCAUCAUGUCAGAGAAUACUUACAUCAUCAUGAUGGACUGAAACCUGGGCAAGGCACGUAUCGAGCUCCAGUAUACUCGGAUGAGUGGAAACAGGGCGCUGUAGGAUUGCUGUCUGGGCCUUUGCUGGAUCUUAGCCAGGAGCCGGUUCAAACGCUCGACAAGAGCACAGCAUGGUGGGAAGCGGGAAACAAGCGUCGACCCAGCAUUUCCACGCAGCCACCAAAAAGAACGUUUGAUGGCGGAAAUGACGAUGACGAAACUCGGACAGCUUUUAAACCGCCCAUUUACCUCAAGUGUGGUCCAUUGUUACGCUACUGUGGUAUUCGCGUUGAGGAAAUGCAUGCAAGAAUGAGUCGCGAUAAUCUUCCGUCAAAUAAAGAAAUCUGGCGGGGCUCUGUGAUGAUAGUCACUCAGGAUUCAGGUUCUACUUACAAUCCGGCACCCAUUCUUCGAUUAUUUGUGCAGCCAAUUGAGCUGCUACCCCCUCCCCCAGCCGAGCUUAAAGGAGAGCAGCCACUAUUGCCUGAAUAUGUUGAUCCAAUUGCGGGCAUUCCGAAGGUUGGCAAUCAUGGGGAGACAUUAUACGUCCGACCAGUUGACCAGCUUGAAGAGGCCAAGGACUUGUCGAUGGUAGAGCCAGAUGAUGGCUUAUUCGAACUCGUCCGGAGCCCACCCGACGAUGGUACCCCUGACCCACCCGGCUCGUUUCCCAAUCGUAAGAGGCGCAUUGAGGUGGAUGGAGAGAAACUCGGGAAAUUCAAGGAUGUUCGUGGAUCUCGCCUCCAUGCAGAACGUGGCCAUACAUUCUGGAGAUUCAAUAUUGAGAUUGAGCUACGUGACAAACAACAGCGGAUAGCGUAUCGCAUCAACGGUGGUCCUGCCACUGGUUUCUGGGUACCCGCUCGUGGGGAGUCCAUGAACAUCAUGUUCUACAGUUGCAAUGGUUUCAGCCAGAGUGUGAACCCGGAUGAUUUCAGUGGCCCCGAUCCAAUGUGGCGAGACGUCUUGAAUGACCAUCAAACACGGCCAUUCCAUGUCAUGAUUGGUGGCGGAGACCAAAUUUAUAAUGACGCCGUCACCAACAAGGCCAAACUUUUCAGUGAGUGGAUUACGCUGAAAAACCCUCUUCACAAGAGCAAUGCACCGUUCACCCCCGCGCUGCAGGAUGAGUUAGAAGCUUUCUACCUUGAAAGAUACAUGAUGUGGUUCUCGCAAGGCCUCUUCGGCCUUGCUAGCUCUCAAAUCCCUAUGGUGAACAUGUAUGAUGAUCACGACAUCAUUGAUGGAUUUGGCUCUUAUCCUCAUCAUUUCAUGAAAUCGCCGGUCUUCUCGGGACUAGGUAAUGUUGCAUUUAAAUACUACUUGUUGUUCCAGCAUCAGAGCAUCCCUGAUGAAACAGACGACGAGCCAAGUUGGUGCUUGGGCGUCAAACCUGGGCCAUAUAUCAAUCACCUAAGUCGCAGCUUGUUUGUAUCCCUGGGGGCGAGAGUUGCACUUCUCGCCGUUGAUGCCCGCACAGAGCGGACAAGAGAGGAAAUUCUACACCCAGACACUUGGAGGAAGCUGAUGGAUCGCUGCUACGAAGAGGUCGUCAAAGGCAAAACUCAACACCUGCUCGUAUUACUCGGAGUCCCGAUCGCCUACCCACGGCUAGUGUGGUUGGAAAAUAUUUUGACAUCAAGACUUAUGGAUCCGGUUAAGGCUCUUGGUAAAUUUGGCCUACUAGGAAACUUGGUCAAUAGUUUCGACGGCGGUAUCGAGGUUCUUGACGAUUUAGACGACCAUUGGACAGCUAAAAACCAUAAGGACGAGCGACGAUUUGUUAUUGAAGACCUACAGGAUUUAGCGGUAGACAAGUCUGUCCGUAUAACGAUACUGAGCGGUGAUGUACACCUCGCCGCAGUUGGGCAGUUUUAUUCGAAUCCUAAGCUUCGUAUUCCAAAACACGAAGAUUUCCGCUACAUGCUCAACGUCAUUUCAUCCGCAAUAGCCAAUACACCACCCCCCGACCUCAUGGCAGACGUAUUAAACAAGCGUAAUAAAGUACAUCACUUCGACAAGGAGACCGACGAAGACAUGAUGCCACUGUUCGCGCACGGGGUCGAUGGUAAGCCGCGCAACAACAAACAUCUGCUACCUCAUCGAAAUUGGUGCUCCAUAAGAGAAUAUGUACCAGGCCACACACCACCGCCGGAAGAGUUUGAGAUUACACCCGAGGUUUCUCCGCCCGGCAGUCGGGGUGGUUUGUUUCGACGCCUAUCUUUGUCUAAGGAUCGCGGCCCGGCCUACCGACCCGACAUCCCCGGGGAACCGACUGAUCGUUCGCGCCCACCCCUUUCCGGCGGUUUUAUGCGCUCAUUCUCUCGCCGAGGCUCAGUCUCAGGCGAAAUAGGACGCCCAGAAUCAAAUGGCCUAAAGCGUACACUCUCCCUCGGCUCCCGCCCUCGUAACCUUUUGCGUCGAAAGAGCAAAAAAGGCCGGCCCGAUGAUGGUGGCAUCAACGGCUCCUGGGGAGACGACGAUGAAGAUGUUUUUGCGGCACCUGGCCCGUCCUACUUCUCCCAUGCUGGCGGAAACAGUCUGGGACUCCGUGGUGGCGCAGGUAGUGAAUAUGAGAUAGGUGAUGAGGCGCAUUUCACCGCACGCUCACCACGUCGUGCAUUUACGCAGCCCCUCCAGAGCAUGAUGCAACCUCAGCAGUAUUAUAUGACCGGCUCUGAUGAUGGCGGCGCCCCAACUCGACCCUUCCAACGCACACCCACGGGUCUUAGUAUGAAGAAGCUUAAGAAGCAUGGCUCAGAGCGUUAUGAAGUCAACACUGAGGGUAGUCUAGAAGUCUGCCUUAAUGUCGAGGUCAGCCCCAAGGACCCGGCGGGCAUUACGGUGCCCUACCGGUUACUAGUCCCGAGACUAUGGUACGAGUACCAAGGGGAAGGAUCACCAGCACCAGAGCUUGCGGUGGAUUCUAGCCUAGUGAAGCGGAUGAGUCAUGGACAGGGGCCAGAGAAUGACGACGGCGAACAGGACGUCGCAGAGCCUCCCCAGAAGAAGCCCAGUGGGCUACGCCGCUGGUUCAGUAACCGGGGAAAACGCAACCAGCAAGAUGUAGAAGAUGAGUGGGAUGAGGAGUAUGAGAGGUAGAUGGGAAUGAAAUGGUCGCAGUAGAUAAUGCAUAGGGGGUGGGGGUGUUGCUCUCACUAGUUCGCAGCGGGCGCCGGUUAUGGGUCGUGUGGUGUGGUUCAGUAUAUGAUUGAGCGGUUCAUUUUGUCUAUGAUUGAAC